GUUUACAAUGAAUUUGAUUUGUGUUUUGAGUUCGAAACUUAUUAUGGUAACAAAUUCUUUAGAAGCCGUAUUCAAGUACACUUAAAAUGCAAUUCCUGUAGACUACAAAUCGCAGAUUUUUUCUCUCUGAAAAGUUUGACACUCAAAAAAUGCACUCAUUUCAACAUGAGAAUUUGAGUACGGGUUGUUAAGUGUAUAAAAGCAUUUACUACUCCAACAGGCCCCAUUUUUUCCUUUGAAGAGAGAAUGAGAGAGAGAGAGAGAAUAGCGAAAAUAGUAUAUUACAUUCUAUUAAAAAAAAGAUAAGAACAAAUCCACAGGAAAAGUAUAUUUCCAUCUUUUUAUUUUAUUAUAUUUAUAUCAUUUAUAACAUUUAUAUAAUAAUAAUAAGUAAACAUGAAAUGAUAUUAUGAAUAAUUGAUUUUUGUAUUAAACCAAAUCUAAAUUAGAGGUACAUUGAACACUGACCUCAAGAAAAGAUUAAAAUGGCAAAGUCCAUAUUUUACCAUGCGGCACCCAACUCAAGUGUCAAAUAACAAAGUGAAAUAGAAUUUUUUAAAGGCAAGAUGUCAUCAAGAUUCCGUAAAAGUAUCAUUAGAUGUUUACAGUAGUGUAGAUGGAGAUUUAGAUAAGAGAAGAGUAUCCCUCAAUAUUUUGAAAGGAUGGCAAUGUAAAUCUUGUACUAAUGAAAACUUGAAAUACAUGUAUGUGUCUGACAAAAAAUAUUAAUGUGAAAUAGGAGGCUGCAUUUUUUAAUAGAAAUAAUAGAAUACAUUCACCAAAAAGAACAACGGUCGAACUUUUGCCAAAUGCUGUGCACACUUGUUGCAUGAAUAGGCCGAUGGAUUAGAUGAUCUCGGAACAAUAAAUAAAACCUACUGUAAAGCAAACGUAAUGGUCAUAAUUAGACUUGUUGUAAAGAAAACAAAACAUUCCUAAACUUCUAUACAAUUUGAAAAUUUUACUUUAGCAGAUUGCCUAAAAUAAUUGUCUUUUAGGAAAUAGGUAUAUAUCUUGUCAAAGUGUAGAUAUCAGAAAAUUAUAACUAACUUCAAAAGAUUACACUGCCUUUAAACUUUGUAAAGAACAAGACAAAUGAGUAUAAAUUGUCCAAUAAGUUAGAAAGUUUUCUAAUAAAAAAAUCAGUUUCAAAAAACUAUUGUAUACGUAUGAAUGAGGCUUUAUAAUUUGUUAAUAGUUUCUUGAAAAAUGCAGUUGUUUAUUGUGGUAGAUAAAAAAAAAUAUUAUUAUCAAAUUAUCUCGUUUUUGGGAAACUCUACAAUGUUAAAACCAGGUCAAUAGUUGGAAUAAUUUUUAAGCCUGCUAUUUUCGAUUUUUGUUAAAACUUUCUGUUUCCUUUUAAGGUUCCGUUUCAUAUCCUUUUCACAGGCCUGCGUGACUAUUUGCUAACUUAAUUUAAUUACAGGGCUUAUUUCUUUCGAGACAAACAUUGUUCGGUGAUAAAACAAUGAAUAUUGUAUCUAUAAAUUCUUUUGAGAUUUUAAUUCUUUAUAUAUUGAUAAGCAAUGCAUGUCAAAAUGGCAACGAAAAAGGAACUUGCACAUGUUCCGGGUAUUUUUACGACGGGGAUUCGAAGGAAUGUAAAGAGUGUCCGGCUGGAUACAUGGGUCUAAAUUGUUCGAUAACAUGUCGUUACCCUGGGUUUGGGAAACAGUGUCAGGAAGGAUGCAAAUGUAAUGCAGAAUAUUGCGACUUCCGGAGUGGUUGUUUUAAUAUGUCUAUUGAGAAUGCAACCAAUUUAAAGGUGAAGAAAUUGUCAUCUUACUCUGGAAUAAGUGUCAUGGGAUCAAUAUCCAUAAUAACGAUAAUAAUAAUAGCGAAAACAUUUGUGUUCUUUCUAUUUUUGAUUUUAACAAGAAUUCUAAUUCUCCAUCUAAAGAACAAAAAUAAUCCAAGUCAAACAAAUGUUGCAGCUUCUGUCCUUGUGGAAAAUGAUUGGCACAAUAUGGAUGUCAAAUGUCCUUCAGGUUUACCUGCAAAAAUUCUAACAAAGGCAGAUGGACAACCUUUCAUUGAGGACUUGCAUACAACUGACAAGCAAAUUGGAAAUUGCGGAGAGAGAAAUUCGGAGAAAAAGACAACCGAUGUUCUGGGAAACGAUUUUGAUAAUACAGACACAAGGGAUGGAGAUAAUGUGUAUAUGUUUACAUUUGCAUCUUUUGGAAGUGAGAUGAUUGGGAAUUCAGUUCAUGCAUAUUCUACACUUCAGAACAGCUAUAUUUGCCAUUUUUUAGCGUUCACAUCUAAAAUGUAUCUAACAAAACUUUGUCUUUUUUAUUUAACUGUUAUGUAUAAUAUUUAUACAGUCAGCGGUCGAUGCCAACCGAACAAAAAGAAAGAUUGCAAAGAAUGUCCCUUGGGUUAUAUAGGUGUGAAUUGCUCAAUUCCGUGUAGAUACCCAGGUUAUGGCCCUGCAUGCCAAAAUGUAUGCAACUGUAAGGAGGAAUAUUGUGACUUUUCAACAGGAUGCAAAGAGAGAAGAGUCCACCUUCCCAUUCAAAAAGGCCUUAAUGCAGUUGUGCAAAAUCGUAUGUAUCCAGCCAGAGAGAUGACUGAUUUGAAACCUGGGGAGGAUCUUCAAUCAGUUCCAAAACAAGGUA